AUGGCAGAUCGACCGACUUUACCUGACGGCUCGUCGCAGAAACACAAUGAGUUGUUCAAUAAACUACCCAACGACAAUGUGCGGCGUGGGUAUCUGUUGUACUACGGAGAAUACAAGGGCGGGAUCAAAGAGGCUGGUGUGCUUUCACGAGUAUGGAAUAAGAUGACAUCCGCGGCGCAACAGGAAUACAUCAACCGUGCCACAUCCGGGGCGGUCAGUCAUGCGUCAGAUGGCGAGAUUGAGAGCGGAGAAGAGUCGUCUAGGAAAAAUCCCCAAGAAGCGAUCAAUGGAGGCCGUAUGCAGGCAGAAUCGGGAGCCCGAGAAAACAAUGAUCGCGGCAUAGAAGAACCGUUGCAUGGAAUAGCGACACCUGCUGAGGCUGUCAACCCGGAACCAUCGAAUGAGACAGAAACGUCUGCUUACGAGCCUAGUGAUACCGAGAUCGCAAUAGCAAGGGUCGGUCUUACCGAAGCAGAUACUGGUAGAGCAGCACCUCCCCAGACCAGGAAAAGAGGCCGCGACGAAGAACAUGACAACGGAACGCAAGUAUGGCAAUGGUGCAAGACGCUGAUGGACUCUCGUACUAGAUUCAGUGGGUCCAGAGAGAUGCGCACAGUGAGGAAGGUAUGCAAGAGGAUACGUUGUGGCUCGCAGAAAAUGGUGAAUUUUGUCGAAGAUGAGUACAAUAUCAGUCGACAACUGGAGCUUUGUGAUCAUUGCCAUCACAUCGAGGCAGCCUCUCAACAAGAAGGUACGCUGAACUAUCGCUUGUACUCUGAUUACGCCGAGCACGGAGAUCUGAGCAAACUUCUCAAAGUUUAUUACCAGGAAGAGAAUUUGGUCAAGCAAAUACCCGAGCAGUUUAUAUGGAUGGUGUUUCAUGCGCUGGCCGACGCCAUAUGUGCCCUGAACACGGGGUUGUGCGGAGAGACGGUGGACGAAGACAAGACGGCAGAAGGAGCAGAUAAUGGCCCAGAAUUCGGAAGGGAGGGACAAAAGACAAAGAAAGGAAAGCGAGGUGGAAACAAGCCAAGAAAGAAGUUCGCGAGCAGCAUGGUGCACUUGGAUGUCAAACCAGCGAACAUCUUUCUCAGUACCGCUAAAGAACCCUACCUAGCGUACCCAAAAACUCUCCUUGCUGACUACGAUGUCGUCAAGACGAUUUCACCAAGCACAGAUGCUUUGGAGGGUAGGAAAGAUUGGGGUACAAAAGGAUUCCAGGCUCCAGAAAUCAUAGUAGAGACAGCACAUGAUCAUGCUGUCAAUGCCAAAGCAGAUAUUUGGUCGCUUGGGAUGGUCAUCUGGAAACUGAUGCAUACUACGCUUGGAAAAGAGACGUCGGACCAGAUAUGCGAGGACUGCAUCAAAGCUUCGUUCCAAUUUGCAGAAGGCAAUACCUUCACAUCGACAGACAUUCCAGGUUACGAUGCAAUGUAUUCCAAUGCCUUGCACCAACUAGUAACCGAAUGUCUGCAGAUCAAUCCGGAGAAGCGACCAGGUUACGAAAUGUUGAGAAAGAAGGCAAAAGCGGAGUUCGAGAGAUCGCAGAGGCGGUUAGGCCCGGUCUUGUCGUGUGAUAAGAUGGGUAGUGAUAUUGCCGGUCACCUCCGGGUUCUCAGGAAAGAAGAGUUGGAGUAUAAACUAGGGGAUAUGUUUGUGGAGCCUUUGAGCAAGAGGAGAAAGACUCACGCGCCUGCGGAAUAA